AUGUUUGCAGGAUAUUUUGGUCGUCGCCGAUUCAAAAGUAUAUUAGCAGUAUUUCUUGGUUUUCUAGUCUUGAUAGCACUUCUUUAUAAAACACCAAAACAAGAACAUCAAUUAUAUACAGAAUCGCCACGACCUAUUCAAAUACAGAAAACUCCAUCGCCACCGCUAGCACCAAUAAAAAAACGACCAGGUGUUAUGUCCUUGAUUGAAUUUAAAAAUUCUCCUUAUUUAGUUUUUCGAUCACUACCGACUAAUUUUAUACCCAUUAUGAUCUUAUCUAAAGCAGCUAAUAUUGAAGUACGUGAUGCUAUACGACGUACAUGGGGUUUUUAUAGAUCAUAUCGCAAUGAUACUCUACGAAUGAAAGUAUUCUUUCUUGUUGGUACUGAUGAUUUUAUGACACACCGUAUACUUACAGAACAAAAUGUUUUUGAUGAUGUCAUUCAAAUAACUGUGCCAGAUAUGUAUUCAUUUUCUGCUUAUAAAGAACUUUCUGCUAUGGCAUGGGUACGUAGUUAUCUACCGGAUGUACCAUUUUAUAUUAAAACUGAAGAUGAUGUUAUUAUUAAUAUGAAAAUAUUGGUUGAUCGACUCUUACCAAUGAUCGAAUCUAUUGCCAAUCAAAAACUUAUUGUAGGUUGGUUUGCUUCAGAAAAUGUUGUACCACGAGGUUCCUAUCAAAAAUUUAUUGAUGCUGUAAUGACACAAACAAAUGGUGAAGUACCUUAUGCAAUGAGUUUAUUAUAUGCUGUGACAGCCAUUGGUGCUGAUCGUAUGAUUGAUACAAUAAGUAAAAUUGAACACAUUGAUUAUCCAGGUGAUCCAUUUGUAACUGGUAUUCUUCGAGAUGCUGCAGAAGUUCAAAUCACUAAUUUAUCAAGAUCUCCUGAAAAUUUUAAAUAUGAAUUAGCUAAUGGAGGAUGUAAACGUGCAUUCGAGAAAAAUCACAAUUUAUUAAUGUGUACAUCAUCAUUACAUGUUGGUCCAAUUGUUUCCAUGAUGGAAUAUUUUGAAGCUUGGAAUGUGUUAAUCGGACAACCACAACCAUAG